AUGAUGGAGAGAUCAUCUUUUGAAGCCAACUUACGAAACUCUCAUGAAGAAGGAAAGCUUUACAUGGUUGAUUCCUUAAACAACUUAAAUGAACAGCGUCUUUGUGUGGUUCAUUCUCAGCAUCAAACAGUCUGGCAAGAGAACACAGAUAGUGCUGAUUGUUGGAUGAUGCAAAACAGCAUGAGAUGCCAUAGUUGGUUCUUUGUCACACUGAUCAUCACUUUAAUUGUCAGCUUGGCACUUGUUUCCUUUGUAAUAAUCUUGAUAGUUCACACAGGAGAUAAGAUGGAUGAUGUGUCAAGAAAAAUCGUGCUAGAAAAGAAGAACAUUGAAGACCUUAAGAAACUAAAUGACAUGAUUUUACAAUGCCUAAACCAGACAGAAUUGCUAGAAAACAUAGGAAACCUUAGCAGGAUGCAAACAAGACAAUCAAGCCCUGAUCUUCCAGGUUAAAGAAUACUGAGCUGGAAAUACCAGGGCAAGGGGCUUACUUGUGCAAUGAAUUCAAUUCUUUUCUAAUUUCAGAUACAGUCUA